AAAAAUUACCUAAUAGGGGCGACGCUACAGUUGGUCUAAUAAAUAUCAGCAGUUAAUUGUUAUCUCUUGUGAAGGUAACCUGGUGAUUGAUGAAAUAAUAAUAAAUCCUCCUGGCACCAGUAGUGCUACAUCAUUCAAUUCAAUGGAUACGAGCACCGGCACAGUCAUCUAUAAUCCGGGACCAUAUUCUGAACAUCAGGCAACAACAUCCAGGGCAGAAGUAAACAGGGCCGAUUUCGUGGACGACAGAACUUGUGAAAUCUGCAAUAAAGUUCUUAGUACUCAUUACGCAUUGAAAAGACAUAGAAAAAUUCACCGGAAUAGAGCAGAAGAUGACCAUAGGGCUGAACAACAGCCUACGACACCUAGAGCAGACGAUAACUGUAGGGCUGAUUUCGUGGCCAACAGAACGUGUGAUAUAUGCAAGAAAGUGCUUAGCACACACUAUGCACUAAAAAGGCAUCUAAAAAUUCAUGCUAAAGACAAAAGAUCACGUUCGUGUCAAAUUUGUGGCGCGCAGUUUUUAACGGUCUAUGCUCUAGGUGUCCAUAAAAAUCAUCAACACGAGGGAAACAUUCCAAAAUGUGAUAUUUGUGAAAAACAAUUUAGUACAAAUUACCAUUUGAAAAGACACAUGUAAAGAGUUCAUAAUAAAUAAGUGUGUAAUUUUAAUAAAAUUAAGUGUGUUAUCUGUAGUUCAUUCUAUCAGAAUCUUUUGUUCAAUCCGAAAUUCAACAUGUAUCUCUUCCCAGCCAGGAGAAUUCGAACUCUCGACGAUCAAAUGAAAAAUGUUCAUCCCAUGAAAAUAGUAGUGGUAGUGUAGUUCUAUAGUUGUUGUGUAGUAUAUUUUCUUUGUAGUUUGUGAUUUUUGUGUUAUUGUGCAUUUGUAUAUUUUAAUAAUUAAUGUGAAU